UUUGUAAGCGCCGGUUUCACUUUCUCUCUGCCUCUUCUUCUUCUCUACACUGAAUCGAUUUUCCUCUUUCUUUAGCGAUCUAAUGGCGGAGGAAAAUCAACAACGUGCUACCGGUGUGGUGAAGUGGUUCAAUGACCAGAAGGGGUUCGGAUUCAUAACUCCCGAAGACGGAAGCGAGGAUUUGUUCGUUCAUCAAUCCUCGAUUCAGUCCGAGGGUUUCCGUAGCCUCAUGGAAGGCGAGUCCGUGGAGUUUAUUGUCAAUUUGGGUGACGAUGGUCGCACCAAGGCUGUUGAGGUCACAGGCCCCAACGGAGUACCCGUUAAGGGUAAUUCCCGUGGAGGAGGAGGCGGUGGCGGCCGUGGAGGCGGCGGUGGUUAUGGAUACAACUCUGGCGGCGGCGGUGGUGGUUAUGGAUACAACGAUAGGGGUGGAAGUCGUGGAGGAGAUUAUGGAAGUCGUGGAGGGUAUGGUGGAGGCGGCGGUGGAAAUGGUUGUUUUAGCUGUGGAGAGGAGGGUCAUAUGGCUAGGGAUUGUAGCCAGGGAGGUGGCGGACGUGGUGGUGGUGGACGCGGUGGAGGCCGUGGAGGUGGUGGACGCGGUGGAGGCGGCGGUGGUGGCUGCUAUAACUGUGGAGGUGAUGGUCAUUUUGCAAGGGAAUGCCCUAAUGCUGCUCGUUGAAUAAACGAGAAUUAGGGUUUCAGAAAACACCGCCAAUAAAAAUCAUUUCUUCGUAGAACAUUUUUAUUUUAUCUUCUUUUUGUUUGUUGGUCUGUCUGUCUAUCUCGGCGGUGGCGGCGGCGUCGUUUUCAGGCAACACUACUCUCUCUUUCUCUCUUUAUUUAGGGUUUAAGUAAGUAGUUGGUCCUUUUGGAUGUUUUGUUUUUGUCUUUCUUUUUGGUUAUGGAUUGUGAUUUGAUCUUUAAACUUAUAUUCAUCUUAUCUUGACAAUCAAUUAUGCU